GCUCUGCAAGGAUUCAUAUUGCAGAACAGUCACGUGUGGGUAUUUGUAGUUAUAAAUACUUGACCAGUCUCCAGGGGUGGGGUUUCCAACCCUUUAUACAACCCUGUUGCCUGUUAUCAAGCUAACUUUUUGCUCUUAGUGCCAGAAUUGAUUGUGGUGGGACAUCUUUCACUGAGAAAUAAGUAAAAUGGAACAUAAUGGGUCUGCUUCAAAUGCUGAUAAAACCCAUCAGAAUCGCCUGUCAAGUGUUACAGAAGAUGAAGACCAAGACGCUGCUCUUACCAUUGUGACUGUGCUGGACAAAGUAGCCACCAUCGUGGACAGUGUGCAGGCAAGCCAGAAGAGACUAGAGGAGAGACACAGGGAAAUGGAAAAUGCCAUAAAAUCUGUCCAGAUUGACCUGUUGAAGCUUUCACAGUCACACAGCAAUACAGGCUACGUCAUUAACAAGUUGUUUGAGAAAACUCGAAAAGUCAGUGCUCACAUUAAAGAUGUGAAGGCCCGGGUGGAGAGGCAGCAAACUCACGUGAGAAAAGUUGAAUCCAAGCAAGAGGAAAUAAUGAAGAAAAACAAAUUCCGUGUGGUAAUAUUCCAGGAGGAGAUUCGGUGUCCGACAUCCCUGUCUAUUGUUAAAGACAGAAACCUAACUGAGAAUCAAGAGGCUGAAGACGAUGUCUUUGACCCUCCAAUAGAUCUGUCUUCGGAUGAAGAGUAUUAUGUUGAAGAAAGCAGAUCUGCCAGACUUAGAAAGUCAGGCAAGGAGCGCAUUGAUAAUAUCAAAAAGGCAUUUUCCAAAGAAAACAUGCAGAAGACACGGCAGAAUUUUGACAAGAAAGUGAACAGAAUUAGAACUAGAAUAGUGACCCCGGAGAGGAGAGAAAGGCUAAGGCAGUCGGGAGAAAGGUUAAGGCAGUCGGGAGAGAGGCUGAAACAGUCAGGGGAAAGGUUUAAGAAAUCCAUUUCUAACGCAGCUCCCUCAAAGGAAGCUUUUAAGAUGCGUAGCCUUCGGAAAGCUAAAGACCAAACUGUGGCUGAAGAUGCAGAAGAGGUCAGGGAGAUGGGUGUGGACAUCAUUGCCAGGAGCGAGUCUCUGGGCCCCAUCACUGAGCUCUACACUGAUGAGCUCAGUGAAACAGACCGUGAGGAAGCCAGGGCUGUAUAUCCUCCCACAGAAGGAGGGGAAAUCUCAACCCCCGAGGCUUUAAAAGUUACUUUUAAACCCCAGGUGAAAGUGGAAGAUGAUGAAUCUCUUUUGUUAGAUUUAAAGCAGUAAUCAUGAAGAAGAACUAAGUAUAUUAUAGGUAUAAAAGUCUUUAAUCACAAGGUUCUAGUUUAAUAGCAUAGUCACUUACAUUGAUAGUAUAGUCAUUUAAAUUUAUAAAAUAGUGAAGUCAUUUACAUUUAUUUAUGGGAAAACAUGAGUGAUAUAGCUGGAUUCAUUUCUGAUGUUUAAAAUCUUAAAAAUAACACGAGUAUUGUAUACAUUUCCUUAUAACUUCCUUGGGAAUUCUUUUUUUCUCCCCUGGGCUAACAACUUUCCCUUUUAUGUCAUUCUCAUGGCAGCUGUGGAUUUUUAAGUUCCUUUCUAUUGCCCAGCAGAAAAGUAGUCUCCUAGUGAGGGCCAAUUAGGUAUUUGGUGUCUAAAACAAAUGAAGGUAAAUUUCUGGCCAUGAUUUGCAAGUAAACUCUCAAUUUUGGCCUAGAUUGAUUUUGUGGCCAAGCUCCAAGGGGAAUAACCCAUGUGUGGAUUAUAUCAUCCAUAUGUUCAAAUAGAGUCAUUAGUAAAUUAGUAGUCAUACCUCUUUUUGAUGUUUUUGCAUAAAAAAUGAAAUUCUGGACUUGAGCAUUUGGUUCUGGCAUUUUAGCUUUGCUUACAGCAAGUUAUUUGGCAAGUCAUUAGUAAAAUGGAGAGUUUGUCUAUCCUAUCUCAGAGGACUGUUGUGUGAAGAUCAGAGGAAAUGUGACACAUUCUGGGGGAACAGGGAGCACAUCCAUAGAAAACAAACCCCACUGGUUCCUUAGGAAUAGAAUUGGAAUAAUUACACCUUAUGAAAAAGACUUGAGCUCUAAGCAUUGAGGACCUAGGUUGGACGGAAGCUAAAGUUGGUCUUCAGAAGCCUUUUCACAGAAUCAGGAAUGAAAAAUAAAUGUUGGAGUGACAUCUUUUCGUCAAAGACUAAAAUCAGACCUUGGGUUUCAGUAGGGUCUUAGAAUGUUUCCUGGAAACUCCUUUUUUUAAUGUUUAUUUACUUUUGAGAGGGAGAGAGACAGAGCAUGAGUGGGAGAGGGGCAGAGAGAGAGGGAGACACAGAAUCUGAAGUAGGCUCCAGGCUCUGAGCUGUCAGCACAGAGCCCGACGCGGGGCUUGAACUCAUGAACUGUGAGAUCAUGACUUGAGCUGAAGUCGGAAGCUUAACCGACUGAGGCACCCAGGCGCCCCUGGAAAUUCCUUUCCUAAUUUUCUUUUUAUUUAAAUCUAUGGUAGACUAGAGCUAUCUUUGAGCAGCAUGAAGCAUAAAACUAUGGCUGUGUCUUCAAGAGGUUUUUCUAAAUUCUUACCUGAUGCAGUGGAUUUGGAAAUGACCUUGUGUUUCUGUUUUCCAGAGUGAACCCCUCAGGGGCUGUCUGUCCAAAACAGUGUUCAAAGGAAUUCAUCAUAGCUGGUUUGGGAGGAUUCCAGAUUCCAUUUAACCAUUAGCCUUAGAUCUAGCCAAUCCCAAAGUAGAUAUUAUUGCUAUCGAGAGGAAUGGUCAUACUGGUCCUGCACUUCUGCUAUGUUUAAAUCUUCUGGUUUUUUAAUGAGGAAGAAAUGAUGAAAUUGUUGAAUUUGAAAAGUUUAGACAAGCAGCUUUCAGAUCGAUUUUAGAUGCUCCUAUGGUAGUUAAAAAUUGUUAUAAAUGUACACACACACACACACACACACACACACACACACACACACACCAGCUUUAAAGUAUUUGACUAUGUUACCCAGAUAUUUGGGUUUGGGAGUUUGAUUCAAUAUCAUUUCCUCUUCACUCUGUAUGAUUAUAUAAAAUCAUGAAUUGUUCAUCCCAAGUAUCUUUUUAUAUUGAAAACUAAAGUGUUUACAACAUUCUUUGAAAAGAAUAAUUUAAAAAAAUGUUAUAGUUUAGAAAGAGAUUAGAUGCCUAUAUUUCCUUAAAGCCAUAAUAAAGUUGAAUUUUAAAAAGAUA